CCUCUCUUUCUACUUCUCUUUCUCUCUUCAACCACAAUUUCAAUAUUCGACAUGCCUCAAGUUCACGUGGAAGUGCGGCUCAAGGACGCCGAUGCUGCUGAGUACAUCACACGCACUGAAGUAAGACCUUUUCACUACUCUUCGCCUCACAUGCUUAUGACGCCANNGAUCGAGGACGCAUUCCGUCACUUUCUGACCACCGAAUACAUCCAUCCAGUGCGCGACGGCGAGGAAUUGCAAUUCGAAAAGUUCCAGCACAAGGACCAUGUCGCUUCCGCCCUUGUCACUGGUGUCGAUGUCGAAUUGAAGGACAAAGGCGACUUCUUGUUCACCGACGUCCAAGUCAAGGUUCAUGCCUAUUCACUUCGCGAACAAGCCGCUGCUCCAACCACUGUCACCUUCAGCACCUCCAAGGAUUCUCAAGCAAGACUCAUCAACCUACCUCAUGAGUCUUUGGCCGGCGUUUGGGAAUGUCUGAAAUUUGAUGAAACGCAAGACUUUAACCCAGAGCAAAUGCUUAAUAUGAUUGUCCACACAGGUAAGCCAAGACGGGCCACUGACCUUCAUAUAGCNCGAGCACUUGCUCAAAAAUUGGUCAUCAGGCUCAGUCGCACCUUCAGAAGUGGAAAGUUGUUCGAAAUCAACACACAAGACCUCCUCUCCAAAUUCUACAGUGAGAGCGGUAAGCUUGUAUCAGAGAUGUUUGAAAAGAUCCUCAAAAUGGCACACGACGAUAAGGAGCUUGUCUGUGUGUUAAUUGAUGAGAUCGAAAGUAUUGCUGCAUCGCGUCAAGCCUCUACAAAGAACGGCGAGUGUACGGAUACUGUUCGCGCUACCAAUCAACUCCUCACUGCGCUUGAUCGAAUUAGAAGCAAGCCCAACAUCGUUGUCUUUUGCACGAGCAACUUGGCUGAGUCUAUCGACACAGCUUUCCUCGACAGAGUCUACGACGUGGUCUCAGUACCACCUCCAUGCGCAAGUGCUGUCUAUACCAUUCUGAGCAAUAUCCUCAACUCGCUGAUUGAUGCUGGAACGAUUGUUCAUGAGCCUUGGGCUGAGAAUCUGCCCCCUCCCGACAACGUCAAUCUCAAGAAGAACCUCGGCAGCUACCUCGACGAAACACGCUUGCCAAGUUAUGAUCGACUGGCAGCCUGGCGAGCCGCAAACCUUGACUCUCCUGGACCGGUCCUCGAGAGCGUCGCCAAAGACUGUGCAGGAUUUAGUGGAAGGAAGUUGGCUAAGCUGCCAUUUCUCGCGAUUACAAAGUACACCAGUCAAGAGAAGUGUGCCAUGUUCGACGCGAUUCAGGCUAUUAAGAAGGCUGUCAAGCUAGACAAGGCCACGAAUUGA